UGUUUUCUGUGUUUGGUCAAAGAUAAGAAAAGAACUCCAUAAGGCAUUUAUGAUAAAUGAGACAAAAGAGCAUUUUACCACUAAAUCAAUUUGAUUCCUCAUGCACCUCAAUGUUUGAAACGCCAAGCAACAUGAAUAAUUGUAGGAUGAGUACAAAACAUUAUUCACAAAUCAAUCUCAUGUUUGAUUCAUGGGUUGAAAUCGAAACUUUUCAAUAUGAAUGCGUUGCACUGAGUUAAACCAAAAACUAAAUGAGUUUGUAGGUAGAAUCUGAUAAUGUUUGUCAACUAUGCCAAUCUAUCCAAGCUGACAAUGGUUUUAUGGGGGAAAAAUGUUAUUUGAAGGUUGAAAACAUUUGACCAGUCCUGUAAAAAUAAGUUGUUUCUACAAUCUUUAAAAGGCUAAUUAUGUAAAAAAUAAGUCGUACGAUCAAAUCCUCUUCACAUGUAGUAAAACUGUAAGAGAAGAUAGUUCACGUUGAAGAUGAUAUUAAAAUAAGCGCGUUACAAAUGUCAUUACUUAAAAUAGAAGAUUAAAAAACAUUAGUAAUUCAGAAAAAAACAACCGAUAUUGUGAGUUGUCUUAAGAAGACUUGUGUUGUGUCCAGAGAAACAAACACUGUCAAUUUGUUCUCUCUCUCCUCUUUUUAUUUAUAUCUCUUUUAUUUCUUGUUUUUUCCGUUGUAAUUUUACACCGUAAAUUACCUAAGUUACCUCUUCUCUGUUUUUCCCUCUUUGUCAUCAUUUGUCUCAGUAAAAAAAAAAAACAAAACAACAAAUAUUUUCCGAUGGCCGAACUUGGGGGUUGAAAAUCACUCUGUGGGUCCUACCUUUCUCAAAUCCCCCCAAUCAUAAGCCAAAACACAAAAAGAAAAUACUUUAUUAAAACACAAAACUCUGUUUUUUUAUUUGUUUCUUUCUCUUCUCGAAUCGGCGAGGGAAGAAGCUAUGAUCCUGUACGGAGGAGGAGGAGCAGGGAAAGACGGUGGAUCCACCAAUCACUUAUCAGACGGAGGAGUGAUAUUGAAGAAAGGUCCAUGGACGGCGGCGGAAGAUGAGAUACUUGCUGCGUACGUUAGAGAGAACGGUGAAGGAAACUGGAACGCCGUUCAGAAAAACACAGGUUUGGCUCGUUGCGGCAAAAGCUGCCGUCUUCGAUGGGCCAAUCACCUCCGGCCCAAUCUCAAAAAAGGCUCUUUCACCGGCGAUGAAGAACGUCUCAUCAUUCAGCUUCAUGCUCAGCUUGGAAACAAAUGGGCUCGCAUGGCUGCUCAGUUGCCGGGAAGAACAGACAACGAGAUCAAGAACUAUUGGAACACGAGGUUGAAACGCCUUCAACGCCAAGGACUUCCUCUUUAUCCUCCAGAUAUUAUCCCUAACCAUCAACUCCAUCCACAUCCACAACAUCAACAACAACAACAACAUAACCAUCAUCAUCACCAUCAUCAUCAUCAACAACAACAACAUCAUCAUCAACAAAUGUAUUUUCAACCACAAUCUUCACAACCAAACACACCAUCAUCCUCCCCUCUUCCAUCUCCAACACCAGUAUCCGCAAACGCAAACUCCUCAUCAUCUUUCACUUUUCAUACCACAACCGCUAAUCUCCUCCAUCCACUUAGCCCUCACACUCCAAACACACCCCAAACUCCUUCUCAACUCUCUUCCACACCGCCUCCACCGCCACUUUCCUCUCCUUUAUCUUCCCCUCGCAACAACCAAUACCCGACUCUUCCUCUCUUCGCCCUCCCAAGUUCCCAAAUCAAUAACAAUAACGCAAAUUUCACUUUCCCUAGACCUCCACCUCUCCUUCAACCGCCUUCAUCGCUCUUCGCUAAACGUUACAACAAUGCGAAUACUCCUCUCAAUUGCAUCAACCGCGUCUCAACCGCUCCAUUUUCCCCUGUUUCAAGAGACUCCUACACUUCGUUUCUAACAUUGCCUUACCCUUCCCCAACCGCUCAAACAGCUACUUACCACAACACUAAUAACAAUUACUCUUCCUCUCCUUCCUUCUCUUUAAACCCUUCUUCUUCUUCUUCUUACCCUACAGCAACUUCUUCCCCAAGCUUUCUUCACUCCCAUUACACUCCUUCUUCCACCUCCUUUCAUACCAACCCGGUUUACUCCAUGAAACCAGAGCAGCUCCCUUCAAACCAAAUUCCCCAAAUAGAUGCCUUCAAUAAUGUCAACAACUUCACAGACAAUGAGAGACAAAAUCAUAACCUUAACAGUUCCGGUGUUCAUAGAAGAAGUAGUAGCUGCAGCCUCUUAGAGGAUGUCCUUGAAGAAGCCGAAGCUUUAGCCUCUGGAGGCAGAGGCCGGCCUCCAAAACGAAGACAACUCACAGCUUCUCCUCCAAACAACAACGAUAACAACAACAACGACAACUUCUUCUCGGUUAGUUUCGGACAUUAUGACUCUUCUGACAACUUAUGUUCCGUACAAGAUCUGAAAUCAAAGGAAGAAGAGUCUCUUCAAAUGAACACAAUGCAAGAGGACAUAGCUAAGCUCCUUGAUUGGGGAAGUGAUAGUGGAGAGAUCUCUAACGGACAAUCAUCUGUUGUCACUGACGACAAUCUCGUUCUUGAUGUUCAUCAAUUAGCUUCACUAUUCCCUGCUGAUUCUACAGCCCUCGCAACCGCAACAAACGACCAACACAACAACAAUAAUAACAAUACUUGCUCCUGGGACGACAUGCAGGGAAUAAGGUAGAAAAAAUGUCUGAAAAAAAUCUACGGACCAAGAUCAAGAACUAACAAAGAACAGAGGUUUUUGAUCUUUGAUUGUAUUUGUAUCAUUAAUUUUUUUCUUUUCUUAUAUUUUGUUGCAAAUCUUCUGUUAACUAUUCAAUGCUAUUUGAUUCCUUACUUAAUUUUGUGGUUAUGGA